AUGGCGUCCUCCGAGGCGCCACCUCCGUCUAUCCGGCAGGGAGUGCGGAUAGUCCCGCCGGAUAGCACCGUCAACGUAGAGGAAGUUCUGCUGGCCGCCGGUGAACAGGGAGAAUUUCGUACAGCCCCCCCGCUGUCGGUGCCCUCCACGCGGAUCACCGUAUCCGGUGUUCCGCCGUUCAUCCCAAAUAAAUCGCUGGAGACCGAACUCCGCAGGUUAGGUAAAUUCGCCAGCGGAUUUAAGACAGUGAGUCUGGGAUGUAAGGAUCCCAAACUGAGGCACGUCCAGUCUGUGAGGCGGCAGGUGUUAAUGUUCCUGGACUCGCCGACCCAGACGCUGGAGGUGUCUUUCAGGGUGAAGGACGGCGAUGGCCACUACCUGGUCUACGCCAGCUCAGGCCAGCUCAACUGUUUCGAAUGUGGAGACGUUGGUCACAAACGAUUUGCGUGUCCGAAUAGACAACAACCUGUGGAAGCGGCGGCGGGCGAGUCCGCCCGGGCCGAGGUGAUGCCGGCGGGCAACCCCGCUCGGGCCCGGGAGGCGGGUGGGCCGGCAGCCGGGACUGAGGGGGUGGACCACGGUGCUGCAGAUGCAGCAGCCGGUUCACGGUCAAACUGUAACAGCCAGCUGCAGGAUUCUGAGACUGCAGAGAACCUGAGAAGCUCUCGGUCUGCAGGGGCUGAGGCAAAACAACAGUCAGAAGAAAAAGCUCAAAAAGCUGCUUUCACCAGUUUAAUAGUCAAAGAUAAUACCGAAGGACAAAGUGUAUUCAGUAGCCAGGUAUCAGAUGCAGGAGGAGACAUGGAGUACGACUCUGAGUCAGACGCUGGGGCCGAAAGAGUAGUCUUGUUCAACAAGCUACAAAACGAGCUAACGAAACACCAUCACGACCAACUCAUCAUUGGUGGGGACUUCAACUGUACUGUCGACUUUACUGUGGACAGGACAAGCGAGGAACCCCACCCGCAGUCAUCCCAGAACCUAAACAGCAUUAUAACACAACUAGAUCUGCUGGACGCGUGGAGGGUCAAACAUCCACAGUCCAGACAGUACACAUGGGUGAGGGUCAGAGACGACACGGUCAGUGCAGCCCGACUGGACGGAAUCUAUAUCUCCCAAAGAACCUCAGUUGCUUCUGGAAACAGGAAGGAGAAUAUGGCAGAAAUCAGCCUCAUUUGUGAGGAGAAUCUGCUCGAUACCAUCUUCCAUGCCUGUGACACUCAGCGUCGAGGUAAAGUGUACGUGUCUCACAUUGUAGACUACCUGCGACACACCACCAGUCGCAGCUCAGAAGACAGUGGACUGGAGGAGCUUUGCAACAUGCUGGAUCCGGAACACAAAGAUGUCUCCAUUGACCUGGAUACGUACCAUGCCGUCAUGAGGGAGUGGAUUGAUGACUGCCGCAACAACGGGGAAGAGCUAACAGAUGACAUCACUCAAGACUCAGUCAAACUCAGAGACAGCCUGUCUGCCAAGAGGUCCAUUCUGCUCAAUAUUACCUCAGGAAGCUUGGAGGCCUUUGGAGGGGAAGCAUCAAGAGCAGAAUUCGAGACAUCAGAGCUGGUUUAUUGUGUUGCUGACCUCCAGAUGAGUAACCAAAAGCUCCAGGAGGAGGUGAGGAAGCUAAAGCAGGUGUUGGAGGGCAUGGAGGACAGCAACCAGAAGCUGGUGGAGGACAAUGAGGAUCUCCGCAACCAGGCCAGGGUUAACCAGCAGCUGGCCCAGAAGGAGAAGAUGCUGAAGGAGGAAGUGGAGGAGAUGAAGGCUACUCUUAGCUGUACAGAGGAAGGCAGAGCUCGUGCCUCCGCACACAGCAAACAUGUGGAGAGAGAAAACCAGAGUCUCAUUGCCAAGAUUGCUUCUCUUCAGGAAAAGAACUUCAAGGUCGCCAUGGAGACAGACGAGCUUCAGAGGAGAAUAGCAGCGCUGUGUGACAUUAACACUGACCUUCAGGUGCAAAUUAACUCUUUUGAUGCUGUCGUUAGUGAAAAGAAAGCUGUGAUACAUGAGAAAAGCAGACAGAUAGAUGAGCUGACGGCAGCAGUGGAGGAAUACUCCUCCAUCACAGAGCUGCUUAGGGCAGACAAGAGCAAGCUGGAGAAUCAGAUGCAGAUGAUGUAUCCAGACCUGGCCGGGGCUGGUCUGUCCCUGUCUGUGGCCUACAGGUUGAACCAGAGCAGCUCAGGAUCCUUACAGACAGAACUGGCCCUGGCACAGUCACCACUGGAGGCUCCCCAUGAAGUUGACCUUUUGUCCACUAGUAUGAGCUUUGCCUCUUUGCUGGAUGAGACGCUGGAUAGGGAGGUGUUGCUGAUGUUGCAGGGUCCCAGUCCUGAGCACAUGGCUAUGGAGUUCAAGAGCCUGCUAAACAAACUGAAAAUGGAUUUCAAGGAAGAAACCAACUCUUGCUUAUCCACAGUUAGAGGCUUGUUGGAUGACCACACACAGCCAGGGGGUAUCACAGACACUGGUCUUCAGACUGUGCAAGCCGAGCUGGACGCGAGGAGGGCAGCCUGGGCCGUCAGCCUGGACCAGCUGGCCCAAUACAAAGACUCCCUGGAGAAGGAGCUGAUCAAAAUGGCCACUAACAUGAGGAGGUCCCGUACUGAGAUCCUCCACCUUUCAGUCAGGGUGCAGGAGCAGGAGAACCAGAAGCAGCAGCUGUGUGAAGAGCUGAAGCAGCUAAAGACACCCCAGGACAGCAGAGAGGCCUCAUGCCAGACACCUGCACCAGAGGAAGAGCCUGGAGAUGGAGACAUGGACUGGGAUGAGGAGUUCGCCCUCCAAGACUUCCUGAAGAACGAGCUAGUGCAGAGGAAUUGCCAGGUGCAGGACGGGCGAACAGACAUCGAGCCUGAGGAUAUGGUGCAAAAAUUUCCAGACAGAGGUGAAGAGGAGGACGGGGAGGAGAGGUGGAUGGUGGUGGAUACGGCAGGGGAGGGAGAGGUCAGACACACGUUGACUUCUCUUUCUGCCCUCUCUGGGGAGGCCCAACCUGGGCAGGGUGCAGUGGGAGAGGGUCAAGGCACUGCAGCCUGCACUGAGUCAGAGCCAGAGGUGAACUGUCAACCGUUGCAGGAGGAGGCAGCAGUGCUAUUGAGCACCCACACACAAGCUGUCAGGAUUAGACACCCAGAGGCAGAUGCUCUCCUUGAUCCGUCCCACUCAGAGAACAAUGCAGAACUCUCUGAGACUGCAGUCUCUCACUCCAAUGGUCCAGCCCAAAAUUUGAUCAACUCAUCUAAACAGGACAAAAUGGUCACACCUGUUUAUACCCCUCCCACAGCAGCUGAGACGGUUUCUCCUGACAGUAUUUCACCUGGACCGGAUGAGACCAUUACCCAGUGUAAGAGCAUCCAGCCAACCAGUGAGGACCACAGGGGAGCAGAAGAGAAAGACGGCAAGAUGGACUCAAGCACAGGAGACAUGAGCUGUAUUAAGAGCCUGAGCCAGGACCUGCUGGCAGACAGAUCAGCAGCAGAGGACAGCACGAGCCUGCUACCUGUGUUGGUGGAAGAGGAGGAGAGUGUGAAGGACAGUACAGCUGAGCCUCAGACAGUAGCAGCCAGCAUGGCAGGGACAGAUCAGCUCAAUAGCAGCGGAGCAACCACUCUAUCUAACAGCAGCUCUGCUCAAUCAGAAUCCUCCUUCACACAUGCCAGCCAGUCAGUGACCGGCAUUAGCAGCGUGACCUCUGACCCCAGCCAAUCGGAGGAUAAUGCAGCCAAAAAGGACUGUGGCAAAAAUAAGAGGGAACUGGAGCUCUCACGCAGCAUGGAGGCUAUCGAGGAGCUCAAGGCUCAGGAGAACCAAAGUGAGACCACCAUGACCAAUGGGAAGGAAUCCGAGACUUCAAUAAUGUCAGACACCAGUGACACCUUUAAAGACGAUAGGAACAGCCUGUCACCUAGUGACAAGGAGAUUGAGGCAGAGUUCCAGCGUCUAUCGCUGGGCUUCAAGUGUGACAUGUUCACCCUGGAGAAGAGACUCCGACUGGAAGAGAGGUCACGUGACCUGGCUGAGGAGAACGUCCGCAGGGAGGUGUCCAGCUGCCAGGGCCUACUUCAGGCUUUAAUUCCUCUGUGUGAGGUUGACAACCAGUCCAUGGAAAUCAUCCAGAGGCUCCAGAAGAACCUAGAUAUCCUCAUCCAAUCCAUGACCAGGGUGUCCAGUCGCUCUGAGAUGCUAGGAGCUAUUCACCAGGAGAGUCGUAUUGGUAAGGCUGUGGAGGUGAUGAUCCAGCAUGUGGAGAACCUGAGGAGGAUGUACACCAAGGAGCACACUGAGCUGCUGGAACUGAGAGAGACACUCAUGCAGAACGAGAGAUCGUUUGGAUCUCAAACUGAAAGAGAUGACUUCCGUGGCAAGAAGCAAUCAUCGUCAUUGUACUACAAGUCAUCAGCCCGGCGGGUCAGCAUAGCAGGGAUCCCCCGCUCUGGUGGAGGCAACAUGCACUUUGAUAUGCCCAAAACACACAAUGGCUCAGAGGCUGAAACGGACAGACUGACAAGGCGAUCGCCGUGGAUUGUGGCAGGGAAGAGCACGACGCGCCCCCCACUAAAACGCUUUGUUAGCUCUGUGGCCUGGGUUGACACUGAAGAGCCUUCUCUCAUGAUGAAGGGGACCGCCUGCGACAACACCGACUGCCAAUCUGAGGACGAGCAGAAGGAGGAGCUGGUGGCAGAGAGGAGGAGGUCCAGUCUCAGUGAGCUGGGCAACAAACUCACCUCCCUCAUUCUGCCCCUCAAGACGAGACAGGAUGAGCUGUUUGUUAUGCUUCCGAACCCUUCCUCAAACCCUACGUCUACAGACCCAGGAAUGGCCCAGUCUCUGUCCCAUAGCCUGACCUCUUCCCGGGCAGCUGUAGCCGUAGCUAGAGGCAGCAGGGGGCUCUGGCUUUGGUUGGCCAUGGUGGUGGUGCUGGCAGGUCUCUUGGCACUGCUGGCCAGUCUGGUGAUGCAGCCAGCAGUAGAUGCUGCCCCUGUGGGGACUGGGGACUCCUGGAUGACCAUCCAGCAGCUUCUGUGGCCCUACACAGGGCUCCGGCACAAUGGGCAGCCUCCUGUCUAGCUCCUGAGACCCAGGGUGGAUGGUGCUAUUGCCCAUUAGCCUUCUGCAGAGAUUAUCAGCAAUGGGGUGGUGAUGAAGAAAGGACAGUGCACCAUUCCUGAGUGGAGGCUAUUUGGAUGUUUAAUUGUGCCUGAAGAUUCCUAAAAUAAGACACUUUUUGACAGCAACGGCCAGUCCUCAGGGGAUAGUUAACCCUAUGGAGGAUUUUAUACAUCACAUUACGUUUGCUAAAUUAGUUAGUCUGUGUGUGUGUGAAUGCGUGUCUGUUUUAAGAGAAGAAGCAGUUACAGGUGGUUUUACUAUUAGUGCUGCUGCAAACUGUCUACCUGAACCAACACAAAAUAUCAAAUCAGGCUUGAUCAGUCAUCAGAGCUGACACAACACUGGCCAAUCAUGUGCUACCAUUCAGCUUAAUCAGAAUGGUAGCAUGAUCCACCAAGUCAUACAAUAGGCCUCAGCAGUUUUCCAUUGACGAACAUCAUGGACAUGACAUGGCUUUUUGAAUAAAUUUCAUGCACUUGAGGAUACAGGAGACUGCCAGCCUUUUAAAUGGAAUUUUUCAUUCCUUUCAUUUAUUUCUUUUAAGUCUAUAAACACUGGUAUUAAAAAUUCAAUUUCAA